AUGUCGGAUGGGACUCGAAGUACAGGAGCAUCGUCUGAUGCAGCUUCGGUUUUUAAAAGGAAAUCCAAUGAUAUUGGAUGGGAGUAUGGAAUGUUAAUUGAUCCGAAGAAUAUGGAUAAAGUUAAAUGUAAGUUGUGUGGUAAAAUUAUGUCUGGCGGAGUUUACAGAAUAAAAGAACACAUAGGUCAUAUUUCCGGAAAUGUUUCUGCAUGUCCAAAAUCUUCUCCGAAUGAUCAAGCUAAAUGCAAGAAUGCUAUUGCCGAGGCAAAGAGUAAGAAGAAGAAUAAGGAGGAGGAAGAUUUGAUGAGAUCUUCUGUUAAUAUUUCUGAAGGGGGGGAUGAUGAAGAUGAAUUGAAAGAGUUAGGUAGCAAAAAAAUGCCCCAUACUCUUGGCCCUAUGGAUAAGUUUGCAACCUCCAUCAGUCUUGAAACUUAUUUGACGAAAAGGCAACAAAAUAUCAAUGAAGCACUCUUCAAAGAAAGAACACAGACUGUUCGUGAGUAUUGUGCUAGAUGGGUAUAUGAAGCUGGUAUUCCUUUCAAUGCGAUAGAUCAUGAUAGCUUCAAAUUGUUUGUUGAGGCGGUUGGUCAAUUUGGCCCGGGCUUCAAACCUCCUAGUCAAUACCAGUUGAGAGAACCGUUGUUAAAGGGAGAAGUGGAUAGAACUAAAGAAUUACUAAAGAAGCAUGAAGAAGAGUGGGCACAAAAUGGGUGCUCCAUUAUGACAGAUGCUUGGACAGACAGAAAAAGGAGGAGCAUCAUGAACCUAUGUGUUAAUUCUAAUGCAGGUACUGUUUUUUUGUCUUCCAAAGAGUCUUCAGACAAAGCACAUACAAGCGAACUCAUUUUUGAAUAUGUGGACAAGUGCAUUGAGCAAGUUGGCCCACAAAAUGUCAUCCAAGUAGUAACAGACAAUGCUACCAACAAUAUGGGAGUAGCAAAAUUAUUGAAAUUGAAGAGGCCAAAUAUCUUUUGGACAUCAUGUGCUACUCACACUAUCAAUUUGAUGUUUGAAAGUAUUGGAAAACUGCCGAAGUUUAAAAAAGUCAUUGAUCAGGCCAAGAGUUUGACGAUCUUCAUUUAUGCACACCAUAAGACAUUGUCCUUAAUGAGAUCAUUUACAAAGAAGAGGGAUAUUGUGAGACCGGGAGUUAACUAG